GCAAGUUACGUCUUCAAAAAUCUAGUUACCUUUCGCUGUUUCUGUUAAAUUACGAAUUGACAAAAUCCAUGUCAGAGCUCUUUAUUCAGCUAAGCACAUAAACCCGAUAUAAAAGAGAAAUGGGCUUAGCACCGAAGUUAUCCCGCCUGCUGUUGAUCUGCGCGAUGUUUAUGCUGUUGCCUAGCGUGCGGGCUCAAAUCGCGGACAAGGCACAGGGCAAUGCUGCUGCGAAGCAGUCGACAGAUUUCACUCGAGCGCAGAGUCAGCUGCGAGUCGUGAAGUCAGGCCAUGGCAAGCGGCUAGACGCUGUCGGAAAUGAGGACGACGACUACGACGACGAUGAGGAUGAGGAUGGGCAUAAAUAUAGAAGCGAUUGCGAUGUUAGUGAUUACACAGACUCUGAUGGGAAUGCAGACAACAUCCAUAAGAUCGACAUCAAGACAAUCAAUGUGGACGAUGAGGAGGCAAAGCCAACGAAGUCCGAUCGCGGGCUCAAGCAGGCCAUCCGGCAACUGAUGAAGUUCGAUGACAACGUAGUUGCUGAGCGACAGCCGAAUCGCAUUGAGACUGGGCCCGGCUUGGACUUCAGGCGAGAAUUUGCCAGCGACGAGGCAAAUCCCUAUAUUUAGCUUAGCCUCUAGCUGAACUCGUUCGAGUUCUUUGCAGUUCGAAU